AUGUUUAUUCCAACACAAGUUAUUAGAUUUUUGCAUUUGGUAGGGCAUGAUGUAAGAAUAAGUGCAGUCUCUUUGUUAUAUUGUCAAUCUGAAUCAGCGGUAAAUAGAGAUUUUCAUAAAGUUUUGAAUACAAUUAUAUCAUUAGAAAAUCAAUACAUUCAACAACCAACGGGUGAAGUUGUUCAGAAAAAGAUUCAAGAAAAAAAGAGUUUUUAUCCCUUUUUUAAGGAUUGCAUUGGGGCUAUUGAUGGAACACAUAUUCGUGUAAAAGUUUCAAAUAAAGAUGCGCCUAGAUAUCGGGGUCGAAAAGGUUAUCCCUCAAUUAAUGCGUUAGUUGCAUGUACAUUCGAUCUAAAGUUCACAUAUGUUUUGAGUGGCUGGGAAAGCACGACAUCAGACUCGAGGAUAAUAAAAGAUGCUCUUAGUAGAGAUGAUAAGCUAGUAAGUUUUAUUUGGUUGAUGUCGGUUUACCUUCGUCAUGCAUCAUUAUGUAAUGCUAUUGAACGAGCAUUCGGAGUGCUUAAAAAAAGAUUUGCUUUAAUUAGAAGCUCAAAUGAACCUUUUUACUCUCGAGGCACGCAAUCAGACAUAUUUUCGGUGUGUUGUGUUUUACACAACUUUUUACUUGAAGUAGAUCGUGAAAAAGAACUUGAAGAUGAAGUGGCACAAGAAGUUUUAGAUGCACAACAAGAAGAAGUACCUCGCUAUCAAAGUGAAAUAGAUGAAAGAGGGGAACAAAUAAGAAACUUAAUUGCAACUCAAAUGUGGAACGCAUACUUGUCUGAUCCGAACAAUGAAAUUGAUAUGUCUAAUUAA